CGUACAGUCAGUUACUUCUUAAAAACAAUCAUUUAAUAAGUACAAAUGGUCAUUUUUGUAUUUAUUCCGAUGUUCUAUUUUUCAUCCGUUACCUUUUUUAAUAAUGGAAAGGUAUGUGGAUUGAUUUUCUGUUUUAUUGUUAUAUUCACCAUCAUCAUUAGUAUGCAUCUGUAUUCUAAAAGACAAUACAAUAGAAAUAAGCCAAUAUCAACUCAUGCUUACACAACGGCACAUACAUAUUUCUCAUAUAUGUAUAUAAGGAUACCACAUACCUUUUAGCUUCCUGUGAAUCGAUUAUCGCACCGUAUAUCGAGCAAUAUAUCUAAAUAUACCAGAUAACGUUUCCUCCCAUCUUAACAGUUACAGAUAAUAUAACUUUAUUUCUCCUCCAAUAUACGCAGUACAUCAUCAGGCUAGUCAACAACUAGUUCACAAUACAUAUCUUAUAACGUGAAACAAUUCCUUUGAAAUCGUUGACCGUGUUUUCAGUAAAUGACGUAUACACAUUGGCUAGCAAAGAUCAAAAUGAUUAAGUAUUUAAACGCUGUCGUUUUGUCGAAAGCAGUCUCCUACAAAGAAGAACUCAGAGGGUCGUUCUUAUCAAUGGUACUUAAAUACGAAGUCCCAACUUUUAUAAUAUCCAUUUAGACAUUCAGUAAAACAAUGUGAGCGAAGAAAUAUUUCUUUUCAAUUAGUUCCUCAUCAAUGGCUCUACAUUAAUAUAGCAUUUUCAAGCGUAUAAUUACAUACCAAUCUAGUGGUGAGAGUUGUUCAAUGAAAGGUUAUCAAUCUCAAAGUAUUAAGAAGCUGAUAAUUGAUCAGAUCCAUGUAGCUCUACUAAUAAAGGUGCAGAUGGUGUUGCUACAUUGAUCAAUGCCCACUGAUGCAUUUUGGGUCACAUAUACUUCAAAUUCUCAAAUGAUUACAUAGAUUGCGACAGUGUUAAAUACCGCCCAGAAUAGGUGAACCAUAAUCGGUCUAUUUAUAUUACAAAUAUUUAUGUGACGCCUGGUCUCAGUUACUUCCAGUUAUCUAGUUUAUCUGAUAUAUUCAUGGAAUUCGCAGCUCCUUUUUUGUGUGUUUCCCUGUUGAUAAUAUGUGAUAAUUUCAGUUCUUGUGAAAAAAGCUUUCUCAAACCUCUUGGUCAUCAAAACUUUGCUACCUUCACAACACAUCAGGACCCCACACUAAACUUGGCAUUGGUCAAUGAUACCGAUAUAUAUAUGAAACUCAAAGAGAGCUCCAUUACUCAGCUCAGGUCAUUGCAUUAUACUUGUUUUGUCCAAAAUAUAUGGCAAACUACAAAAAACAGCCUUCACAUACAAGAAAAUUGUAUAUAGAAACCAUUCACUUGGUAGCAUACUUAAUGUAAGAGAAAUACUACAAUGUACAAACUGGAACCCAUUUGACAGCGAUGUUUUGAACGACAUUACUGAUGGUGUGACAUGCUAUCUCAAGCUUUGCCUGGAUAUCUGUAACCUCAGUGAAAAACAUCUUUUGCUCUUCGAUCGCAUGCCUACUCCCCAGCUUAGGAGAUUAAGAAGAGGAAACAGAAAAGUAAAGUGUAAAAUGUCAGUCCCUUGUCCUAAGGUUACAAAGCGAAAUCCGACAGGAAACUACCAUAAUUUAGCUGAAAGGCUUACUUACAACUAUUCGUAUCCAAACUGCUACCUUCUUAUGGACGCACUGAAACGCUUUGAAGAACGUCUCCUAUUGUCACGUCAAUAUCCUAUACAAAAAGUUACACUAUCCAACAAAACAAUUGAUACAAUCAAAAUUAGAAUACGCAAUGGUUGCGAUGAAUCACAAAGCAUAUUAUGGCCUUGUGAAUCAAUGAAUGAGUCAUAUUCACUCUUAAUUUUCAGUCAAAGGAUUAUACUGGAAGCUGAAGAAAUUUGGGGAAUACUACAUGGUCUAGAGACAAUACUUCAACUGGUUUAUCGAAGCGCCCUGGAGACAAAUGUGAUUGAAGGUGGUACAAUUUCUGAUGCUCCGUUAUUUUCGCAUAGAGGAUUCCUGAUUGACACAUCAAGACAUUAUCUGUCAAUAAAGGAGAUAAAGAAAUUCAUUGAUGCAAUGUCGAUGGUGAAGAUGAAUGUCCUCCACUGGCAUGUUGUAGACGAUCAGUCAUUUCCCUAUGUGUCAACAAUAUUUCCUCGACUCUCCCUGAAAGGUGCAUUUCAUCCAUAUCUCCUAAUCUAUACACCAACUGAUGUUAAAUAUCUGUUGAAUUAUGCGCGUUUACGGGGAAUACGUGUUAUGGCAGAAUUCGACACCCCAGGUCAUACAAUUUCUUGGGGUAAGGGUUAUCCUGAGGUUCUGACGCAAUGUUAUACAGAGGGUAAGCCAGAUGGCAAUCUUGGUCCAGUCAAUCCAAUCAGUAAUGUUUCCUAUACAUUUAUGUCCAACUUAUUCAAAGAGUUGUUGGAUGUAUUCCCUGAAGCAUGGGUCCAUUUGGGUGGUGAUGAAGUGGAAUACCACUGCUGGAUGUCAAAUCCAUCAAUUAUUGACUUUAUGAACAAAACGAAGUUUGGUGAUGAUUAUCGUCGUCUAGAGGGCUACUACAUCAAUAAGUUAAUAGAAAUUAUCAAAAAUAUUAAACCACAUGGUCCGAGUAUCACUCCAGUUGUAUGGCAGGAAAUAUUUCAGAAUGGCUUCCGAGGUGAUAAAUCAACCGUAGUCCAUGUGUGGAAAGACAAGGAUUGGCAGACUGUAGUAAGAAAUGCAACGAAGGCAGGUUAUCGAGUUCUUUUCUCAGCUGCUUGGUACCUAAAUUUGAUAUCAUAUGGUGAUGACUGGAAAAACUACUACCUUGUUGAUCCAAGAAAUUUUGCAGGUGAUAAGGAAGAUAUCAAACGAGUUGUUGGGGGAGAAGCCGCAAUGUGGGGUGAAUAUGUGGAUGACACGAAUUUGUUCAGUAGAUCAUGGCCUCGAGGUGCAGCUGUGGCGGAAAGACUCUGGACUGACGAAGCUAAGCUGAGUACCAGAGAAUUUGUGCCAAGAGUGGAAGAACUUAGGUGCCGGAUGCUCAGCCGUGAUUGGCAUGCGGAGCCAAUCAAUGGGCCAGGAUUUUGUUCUCCAUAAGAAUUCAAAAUUUGUCUCUAUAUUUCAUCUCCUUACAUAUAUAGGUCAUUUUGUCAAUGAAGUCGGUCAAGCUCCCCAUUAUCAUAAUAAAACAAUCUUCUUUGUAACUUUUUGUACAUCUUAGCUAUUUCAUCAAUAGCUUUUUGCAAUGUCAUAGCAGCUGUGUGAAGUUUUUCGUGCACAUCAUUUUGAACUUUGAUUCUAUUGUCAUUCGGUUGAUUUUUAACUAGAAGCAGUACACCCAUUGUGAUAAAUUUUCCAUUGUUUUAUCACAGAUAAUCAGGAAUUCACUUUCUUAAUGUUAUUUCACUUUUAGCUGAUGAACCUUCAUUUACAUAUUCGAACUAAUAGCUUGUUCAUUUUGAAGGUCAGCAUGUUCACGUAGUAUUUUUAAUUCGUAACCCAAGGAACCCAGUGAAAGACACUGAGAGUUACAACCUUAUAAAUUACCUGUACUUAUUCAACGUACUAAUUAAUGGUGAGUAUAGUUCGAUCAUGUUUCAUAAAUGUACUAAACGGCAAGCAAAACUUCAAAUUCUCGGAGCAUG